AUGGAGGCCUUGUCUUGCAUGCUCGACAAGGCUUUGGCAGCGGAGGUAAUAAAAGGAGUUCAAUUGCCAAAUAACGGUCCAGUGAUUACCCAUUUACUGUACGCAGAUGACGCUAUAAUACUUGGUGAUUGGACGAAGGAUGAUAUUUUGAAUGUGCUUCGAAUUUUGAGAUGCUUUCACAUUUGUUCGGGGCUUAAGCUCAACGUUGUUAAAUCUAAUCUAUAUGGUAUCGAUUUGGCCAUGGACGAGGUGGGGAACAUUGCUAACGAUCUAGACUGUAAAUCGGAUUCGACGCCAUUUAAAUAUCUUAGAGUGUUGGUGGGAGCUAACAUGAAUCGUAUUAAUAACUGGCAGACGGUCUACGAGGUGUUUCAAAGACGUUUGGCAUUAUGGAAAUCUGAGUGCUAA